UGCAGGCUAGCAUGCUUUGGGUAACUUAAAACACUCGUUCAUGCAUUUUAUAAACACAGUGCUUGACUACUGAAAACAAGCAUGAUAGAAUCCCCUGAGGAAAACAUGGGAGAAACCAUUACACGGACUGCAACAGCCAAGCUAAUGAAGAAAGCUUUUUUGGAGGCUUUACAAUCAAAUGACUACAGAACUCUGGAAGAGCUUUUGGCUCAAAAACAAAUAGAUGUGGACACGGUGUUUGAAGUGGAAGAUGAGAAUUUGCUCCUGGCCUCUUACAAACAAGGUUAUUGGCUGCCUAGUUAUAAAUUGCAACAUUCCUGGGCAACAGGACUACAUUUAUCUGUUCUGUACGGACAUCUGGAAAGUCUGAGAGUUCUGCUGAAGCACAAAGCAACCAUCAACUGCAGACCCAAUGGGAAAGCAGCAAUCCACAUAGCAUGUGAAGUUGCCAAUCUGGAUUGUGUCAAUAUACUCUGUAGCCAUGGAGCAAAAACCAACUGCUAUUCAUUGAGUGGGUUUGCACCCCUGCACUAUUGUACUACAAAGAUCUCCUUGUCUUGUGCACAACAAUUGAUUUGGAAAGGUGCAGAUGUAAAUAUAAGAUCAAACAAUCAAGAUGAAGAAAUGCCCCUUCAUACCGUUGCUCGUUGUGGCAUCCCUGAAAUGGUUGCCUUCUACGUGGAACAAGGAGCUGUAGUUGAUGGUGUAAACGCCCAUCGAGAAACACCAUUGUCCUGUGCAGUUUACUGGGCCCUUAAUGGCAAGGAACAAACCUACAGCACAGAUCACCACCUCAUCUGCCGGAUGCUCCUCGACUACAAAGCUGAUGUUAAUUCACGGGAUGAAGAUUUCAGGACCCCUCUCCACAAGGCAGCCUGGAAUUGUGACCAUGUACUACUGAACAUGUUGCUUGAGGCAGGUGCUGAAGCCAACCUGAUGGAUGAUAAUGGGUGUGCCCCCCUGCAAUAUGUCCUGAAAGUGACAGAUGUACGUCCUAGUGCUCAGCCUGACAUCUGUUAUCAGCUGCUUCUGAAUCACGGAGCUGCCAGGAUAUAUCCACCACAAUUCCAUAAGGUACUGCAAGCUUGUUAUUCCUAUCCCAGAGCAGUUGAGGUUAUUGUGAAUACAUAUGAGCAUAUCAGGUGCACAACAAAAUGGAGAACAGCUAUACCUGAUGAUAUCUUUGAGACAUACAGAACUUUCUACGAAUCCCUUUUUGAGGCAUGUGCAAAUACACCACGAUCACUAAAACAUUUAGCCAGAUGUGCUAUUCGAAGAAUAUUGCUCUAUCAAUGUCACAAAGGAAUCCCUUUACUUUUAAUUCCAGCAAUUCUAAAAAGGUAUUUGCUUUUAGAGCCAGAAGGAGUAAUAUAUUAAGAAAUGUGAUAUACAUUUUCAGAUAAUUUAAUUUAAAAGUGUUAGGAUUCUAUUCCCAUGGGAGAAGUUAAAAUCAAGAUUUCUGUGACAGCAUUAGCAAGAAGCAGAGCUAAUAUUUCCUACAAAGGAUAUGAAUUCAAAUAGAUGCACAUCAUUUCUGAACUUUGAGCACAGAUAACAGAAUAUUUCAUUCCUAGCAGUUUACAGAAGCACAACAAGUGAAAAGGAAGAACUAAGGAAAAUACUUCUAAGGAAAGAGAAAAAAAGUCCAGAGUGUUGGAAAUAUUCUAAAGAGAAUUAUUAGUUUUCUCCACCUGGUAGCUGCUUAUGUUCCAUAUUACCAUUACCAUAUUGAAUUAAUGUUAUAGGACUUGUAGUCAAAGAUGCUGAGGGGGCAACAGGUUAUGCAAGACUAUUGCGAAUAUUAAUCCUUUUAUUUUGAGGCAUGUUCUUCUCCCUUCAUAAAAUAAGCAAGAAUCCUACCUUUUUAUUAUAUUGUUGUGAGGUUGUAUCCUCAUUUUGAUACAAUGGUAUUUAUACAAUAUUAAUUAAAAUUAUUGACAGUUGUUUGAAUAACUUACAAUAUUGGAAAUAAAAACAAAAUUCUAUCAAUAUUAGUUAUAAUUUAGGAUAUCAAUAUUACAAGCAAAAAAUUAUUUGACUUUUUCAUCCAAAAUGAAGUGUAAUAUCAAGAAAGAAAGACUACUGCAGAAUGCAUUGAAUUAUAUGUUAUACAAUAAAGGUUUCAUUCUUGAGCUGAUUACUUACUCAAUAGAAAUCAGGACAUUAAUAUCUAAGAGUAACCCCACAGUGAGAAAGGCAGCGAAUAAAUUUAACAAAUAAAUUUAGCAAGCAAAUAAAUAAGAGAUGGAUCCCUAACUUUAUUUGAUAUUGGGCAUAUUUGGAAUUGGAGUACAGGUCAAAAUGGUUCCUCUGGUGAAUACAGUCAAUUACAAAAUACCUUUUUAAUCAGAAGCCACACUGGUGAAGUUGCCAAGCCAUCUUCCAUUCCAGCAUGUUCUCUAGCAAUUCAGUUUAUGCCUUUUUUGUGGCCAGAAAAUAUUAUGUCUUACAAAGUAAUUGGCUAGAUUUGUACAUCUCACCAAGACAUAGUGAGGUUAAUUUGAUUUUGAUUUAAAUGGAUAGGUGCGCAAAUCAGAACAUUAUGGUCUAUUUUCAGAGCUUUAUUUUUUAUGAAACUGGCAGCCAUACAAAUAGGAUGCAUAAAUAGAAAUAUAUUUUAAAAAAUAAAUAAUGGUUUAAAGAAUCUGAGUUUAUUUUGUGUGUGAUUGUAGUCAUAAUCUGUCAAGUGUUUUGUUGCUGUUGCUCGCAGCCUUAAAACAAAAUAAAAAGGGAAAAGGCACAUCAAAAA